AACUGAAGCCUCUGCUCUCAAGGGCCAGACUCAUCAUUACCAGGAAAGUAGAAUGGGCAAGUAUCAUGUUUGCGUAUGCGCAGGAGACUAGAUACAUCAUAAAGGAUCCACGCACUCCUCGGAGAAAAACUCCUGUGGGUUUAAUUCGAGAGAAAAGCAACGUCAUCCUUAGGCAGCUACUUUGGACAAGGCGACCAUUCGUUGCAGAAUUUACUGAUGCCAAGGGUAAUGAGAUAUUCACGGUUCGCCGGCCUUUUAGGUGGAUCAACAGCUCCAUUUAUGCAGAAGUGGAUGGCAAGGAGGUAGGUGUAGUCCACAGUCGUUGGCAUCUUUGGCGUAGAAAUUAUGACUUGUACUUAGGGAAUAAGCAGUUUGCUGUGGUGGAGAAUCCUGGAUUUUGGAGCUGGUCCUUUGCCCUGUUUGAUGAGGAUGAUAAUUUAGUAGCCAUAAUUGACCGCAAGGUUAGGGGAGUUGGUUGGGAGUGCAUGCAGCACUUCACGAAUGCUUCCCAGUAUGAAGUUCGGUUUGGUGAUGCUGGAAAAGGCACUGAUAAAGUUUUUUGUUUCGCUAAAGAUAUGGACAACGAUCUUCGCGUGUUUCUCCCGCUGGAUUUACCCGAGAGGGCUGUUGCUCUUGCUCUUGCAGUGUCUCUGGACCAUGACUGCUUCUCCAGGAGACGAUUGGGCUGGGUUCUUCGUCUUUUAGGCGCCUGACGGAAUUGCAGAAAACACUGCUGUUGGGGCAGGCCUAGAAAUGGCAGUCCCCCAUUCGAUCGUCUUUAGCACAAUUCCUCUUUGUUAUGACCGGCAUAGCGCUUAGCCCAGUGGGUUAUGGCCCAAGUAUCUUAAUUAGGGGCUUAGCCCAAUUAUCUUAUCGUAUUAGGAUGGUUUGCUUAGGAGUCAAGUAAACCUCUAUAUAAGGAGAGGAGAUGUAUCAAUCUAAUCAAGCAAGAAGCAAUCAUAAUUUGCUCGGCUUCCCUUAGGGAGCCGAGAGACCUAAACCCUAGCCGCCUCCUGCCUUCGCCGCCGCUGCUUCCG